UGCUUGGGGCAAGUGCCCACAGACACAUUUCGAUUCCAGCCCGGCGACCGCACAGUCUGUCUCUUUCUCUUUUGCCAUGGUGAAGAAGAAGAAGAAGUCACGGGCUAUCCAAGAGUCGAGUGUCGAGCCGAGGAGGUCAGUGUCUAAGUCAUCGAGGAAGCCAUGUCGUUCGAAGAGAGAUGUGUCAGAGUCGCCUUGGCGAAGAGCUAUGUCGAGCGAUUAUGAUGAGAGUAGAAGAUCGUACAGUCUGAGAAGGAGUCUGACCCCCAUCGGCGGUGACCCGACGCCUAUCAUGGGUGUUUCUGCCAGCUGCACUCGCUCUCGAUGUGAACGUGGUGAGAGCGGUGAAAGUAUGGUCAUGGCAGUCUUCUCAAAGAUAUGCAGGGGAUGUUGACAACUGUGCAUGGCGGCACCGUCACGACAUUGGACAGCCAACGCGAGAAGAUCCAAACGAAGCUGAGCACACGUGAGGAGAGCAGCAUCGCACUCACAACCAAGUCUGCAGCGCAGCAGUCUAGCAUGGCUACGCAGCAGACACAGAUAGACAGCCUCAUCACGACGGUCAGUUACUUCCAGACCCACAGCGGGACGAAUACAAGCGGCAACAGCCAUCAUGGCGGUGGAGAUGCAGGAUACAGCAUGGAGGUCGAGAGCGGUCGUGCUCAUCGCGGCGGUGGUAGUGUGCACCACGGGCGUGGAGCCAAGGAUUGAGGCGGUGGACAUAGACGGCAGGCUCCAACAAAUGCCUGUGUGAUAUUCAUAGACACGGUCCCCAGGCCCUUGCUGAAGAAAGCGCACGGGCAGCACUACACGGAAACCAUGUGCAUCAAGUACAGGCACUUCUUGGGGGGGGGGUCCCUUCGUCCACGGCAUCGCCCAGAGCUGCGAAGUCACGUUCCCGACGGCGGUCGCGGCCAAGACCCUCCAGCAGAGGUGCAACGAGGAUUGGGGUCAUGAGUUCACCGACGGCAGGACUCACAAAACGUCCACCAUAGAUGCCGCAUCGUUCUGCCCGUAGACGUAAGGAUGCGCCAGCGCGCGUUCAACGUUUUGUUAGAGCCGUUUCCUUGCCGCAGUGAAGCAGUCUCCACGCUGGGGUCCCACAUGCUGCCUUGGGGUCAACGGCUUCAAGGGGGUGCUGCUCAUCCGUUCGGAUGAGGACGUGUUGGGGAUGGUCCAGACCGUCGGCGAGAACAGCUGAGUUGAGGAGCUCCAGCCGAUGAUCGAGGAGUGUUCGGAGUGGGGCAUCAGUACUGAGAAAACCCUAGCCAUCACUCAGGCAGCCCAGCAGGCGGUUGGUUUGGAUGCACCACCGCAGCAUUUCUGUCCAAUGCGUCCUUAAGAAACGGUGGUGUCGCCUCCAACGGCUCCUACGCUUCUACGCCACGCUUCUGCCGUGCGUGGAUUGCUGCCGUUAGCUGCAUGCGGCCGCAGGGCCGCAUUCGCCAAGCCUCCAUGUCCGAACUCGAACCGCGCUGUCGCUUCCCACCAAGCAGCAAGAGUGCCUCCUGCUCCUGCCACAUCCGAGUUACAUUGAGAAGCCACGGCAGAAGCCACGGCAGACACGCCGAAGAUACGCCAUGCCCGCAGUGAUAACAUAAGCCAUGACUUCUGUCGCGCGCAGUGAGGAG